UAUCAGUAAUGUCAUCAUUAAUAUUUUCUUGUCGUGUUGAGAGUUUGAGACGUUGAGUGCUCAAGUGUUCACUUCAAUUUCUGUCUUUACUCUUUACUAAUUCGGACUUCAGUGUUCAGUUUGAGGUUUCAAUAAUUAAGUUAAGACUUGAGGGGCACAGAUAAAAAUAUGGUCAGUAAAUAUUUGAAUAUAUAGUUAUUAUCUAAUAUUCUUAAGUUAUCCUUCGAACAAUUUCAAAUCACUUAACAUUUUCUCAUGAGUAUUAGCAGCAUACUAGUCAAACAAAAAUGUCCAACAAUGACAGUAACGGAAGUUCACCGUCUGGAGCUGCAAGACCUUCUCAUCCUCAGUUAGACAUGCGUCAAGAAGCUGCGAUAACAGAGAAAAGAAGACAGUUAAAAUUAGCUAUUCAAGGAACAUCCGGUGCUUCAUUUGGAUUCAAUUCUCCAAUACCAAGCUUACAGUCAUUAAAAUUUGAAGAAGAUAAUAAAUUACUAAGCAAUGGUUCAACAACAAAACAACCAAAUUCAACUAGAGUACGGUUAUCUAAUACUGAAACACUAAGUGAAAAAUCACGAUACAGAUCCAUAGAACGUACUAAAUUACGAGAAAGACUAAAAAUGUGUCAAACAAUACAAUCCACUGGAAAACUACAACUUUCUGAAAACAAGGUGUAUGAUUUUACAUCAGAUGAUUUACAAGAUUUAGGAGAGAUUGGUCGAGGUGGCUUUGGAACUGUGAACAAAAUGUUACAUCGUAGUAGUGAUACAGUAAUGGCUGUUAAGAGGAUAAGAUCCACUGUUGAUGAAAAUGAACAAAAACAAUUACUAAUGGACUUGGAUGUUGUAAUGAAAUCUAAUGAAUGCCCUUAUAUUGUACAAUUUUAUGGAGCUCUUUUCAAAGAAGGGGAUUGUUGGAUUUGUAUGGAACUUAUGGACACAUCAUUGGAUAAGUUCUAUAAAUAUGUCUAUGAAAAAUUAAAUCAACGAAUUCCAGAAAAUAUAUUGGGAAAAAUAACUGUUGCGACUGUAAAAGCAUUGAAUUACCUUAAAGAAAAAUUGAAAAUUAUUCACCGUGAUGUUAAGCCCAGCAACAUUCUAUUGGAUUCUCGAGGAAAUAUAAAACUCUGUGACUUUGGUAUCUCAGGGCAGUUAGUGGAUUCUAUAGCAAAAACUAGAGAUGCUGGCUGCCGCCCUUAUAUGGCUCCGGAAAGAAUUGAUCCAGUUCGUGGUCGAGGAGGUUAUGAUGUCCGUUCAGAUGUUUGGUCCUUAGGAAUCACCCUAGUAGAAGUUGCUACUGGGCGGUUUCCAUAUCCAAGAUGGAGUUCUGUUUUUGAACAAUUGUGUCAGGUUGUUCAAGGAGAUCCUCCACGAUUGCAGGCUUCUAACAACUUUUCCCCUAAUUUUGUGAAUUUCGUAAAUACUUGUUUGAUAAAAGAAGAAAAUCAAAGGCCUAAAUACAACAAAUUACUAGAACACAUAUUCAUAAAACGAAGUGAUGCUGAUAGCGUAGAUGUAGCUUCUUAUAUUAGUGAAAUAAUGGCUGCAAUGGAAAAUGAUGGUGCAUUCAUGUACACAAUGAAUGACCCUUGAUAAUAUUUUUAAUUUUGUUACAGAGUACACAGUCCAUAGGUACUUAAUAAAAAUCAAGAUUUAUUUAUUUUCAGUCAUCUUACCCAGUCAGUUGUAAUUAACUUUGUUUCACAUUAUCUUGACGAUUUAUUUUUCCAAUACUUAUGACAAGCUUCCAACAAUUUUUUUUAAAGUUUUUGACUGCAGUUUUUGCUUACUAGACAAAAUAAUUUAACAGUUAGGUGACUUAUUAUUAUUUAUUUUUAUUACUACUAUUAUUAUUAUUGUUGAUAUUUUAAAACAAAUCGAGUAACAUAAAAACCAUUAAAUGACAGUUUCUUUUGUCCUGCAUAAAUUCUGAUGACGUGGGUUUUGAUUUAUUUCUGUCAGUUUUAACUAACCGUGCUAAUGAAGUGAAAUCAUUUUACACACAAUUUAAUUUUAAAUUAAGUUAAAUGCCCAAUUACCACAAAUAUUUGUACUAUAAAGAAUAUGUUUGUUGUAUAUUAUACAACUUUGAGAUAUUUGUCUAAAAGUUCUAUUUUCUUCUACCUGAAUGGAUGUUAAGUUAGUACCAAAGUUAAAUAGGUCAAAGUUUUAAAAAUGACCAAAAUAACCCACUGAACAUAAAUAAUGAGAUAAAUUAAAUUAAUAUAUAUGAAUAAACAAAUUUUUAUAAAUUAAUUUGUAUAUGUAUUAUAUUUUUACAUAUUUUUGCUUUUAGUAAACUUAUAAUAGAUUGAACUUAUUGGACAAAAGUCCACAUAGUGCCUUUUUAGACACAUUUUAUACACAAGUUCCGCCAAAAUUGGGCCCAAAAUAUAAUUUAAGAUAUAAAAAGAAGUAAUACUUUGUUUCUAGUUUUGUACCCACUACUGUGAUAAUUAAUGUUUUUGCAAAAUUUUCUUCUCGUGUGUAUACAAACUGUGUUUUAAAUUCAUGUAAUCAUAUAUUAUAUUUUAAUUGAGUUAUUAUUUUACUGUUCAAACUCAAAUACAUCUAAUUAUUAUAUUCCAUUUUUAUAUUUAAGUAUUUUGUUUGUCUGGUUACUGUUUAAGAACAUUGUCUCAUACUAAAUGUAUAUAUUUUAGUAAAGAUUUCUUCAUAAACUAAAAAAUAUUUUUGUUUUUAAUUGAAAUUUAAGUUAAUAGAUACUAGUUUUAUUAACUUGACAUAAAAAAAAAUUUGCAAAAUGUUAGUGUAAUUAAAUUGUACUUUCAAUUGUAGCCUUAUAUAUUUUUUUCAUUAAUUUUGUAUAAUUAUAUCAAAUACUAAACUAAUAUAACUAUCACAAAACACAUAAUAGGUAAAUUUAUUGUAACCGUAAUGUAUUUUAUAGAUACUUUGUCAUUGAUUAAAUUAGUGUUCACUAGUUCAAACUGACUUGCUGGUACAAUUAUUAUAUUAGUAUGUAUUACAGUAGUAUUGUUCAAAAAUAAACUUAUUAUAAAAAAAAUAAAAAAAGAA